UUUUAUUUUAUGUUGUCAACAGUAAUAUUAUCACCAAAAAUAUAGAACAAAACAAACAAGUAAACCUCAAGUCCACAGACCACAAGGAAGUUGGACCCCAACAGUCUUCUGGAUAUACCUUAAUCCUUACGACGGGACGUAAUCAAAGUCAUACCCGAUCUGUACGGAAUUUCAAAUUUCGUAGUUCCGUGAUUAUCGCCAACUCUUAGGGCUUUUCCUACUUUUUCCUAUACCCUAUAGUACUAUAGUAAUUUUUUGCUUUCAGCUAACGACCGUUCACCUAUUAUCUUUACCUUUUCUUUGGCUAAUUAAGGGUAACAAUAAAUUCUCUUCUCGUAAAAGGACAGAUUUAAAUAUUUACUAGCACAGACAGCGAGUUAAUAGAAAAAUUUUCAUAUCCUUAAUUGCUAUUUACUUUAAAUUGCCUUUUGUGAUUAGCAGAAUCUUUUCAAGAAAUAUUUUCUAAAUCACAAAAAUUGUUAUAAAUACUAUGUUGAAAUAGUUAAAAUAAUAAGAAUAAGAAUAAAACUUGAGGUCGUAUUAUGAUUUAUGAAUAAUCAGUUCGUGUUAAUUAAUUCAGUGUAAUCUUUCACAAUAAUUUUGAAAAUGAUUUAUUUUCCUUUCCUCUUACAUCCUUUCAAAUUAUCUUCUCCACCUUUUCAAAAAAAAAAUUUGUGAAUUUCUUUGACUGCUUAAGUUAAACACCUUUAUUUUUCUAUGAAGAUAACUAGAGUAUCAUUAACAUAUUAUGUAUACCGUCGUGAGUAUAAUUUUAGUGCAACGAUUUUUCAGCUACUAGUUAUCUAAAGCUAAGUAACUGUUUAGAGUAAGUAUAAAUUGGUUAUAAGGAAGAUAAGUAAGUUGUUAGAACGAAUUGUGUGCCUAAAAGAUAGGAAAUCAAUGAUACUAUUAAUCUUCCGUUAAGAUUAUAAUCUUCCUUGAGAGUUAACGCCGUCUUCCAAAUCCGUUAAAAAUCUCCAAAUGGCUGCAUCUCAUUGGCCAAACCCCGCCACCGAAUAUUCUCCCAUAAAAUUCCUACACCCUCUCUUCUAUAAAACCAACCCCUAUGAACGAAAAAAUACUAGUCCAAAAAUAAGUAAAAAACAAAAUAAACGGAAUGAGCGAGUCACUAAAGCGAAAUUAUCGUGUGAGCGAGGAGUUAGGAAGGGGACGAUUCGGCGCCGUUUACAAGUGUUACUCGGCGGCGACCGGCGAUCUAUUCGCCGUCAAGUCCAUCGACAAGCGCCUCAUCGCCGAUGACUCCAUCGACCGGCAAUGCCUUUACAACGAAGCUAAAAUCAUGCACUUGCUUUCGCCGAAUCCUUACAUUGUUCGUCUCUUCGAUGUCUACGAGGAAGAUACUCACCUCGAUAUGGUUUUAGAGCUCUGCAACUCUGGCGAUUUGUUCCGACGCCUCAGUAGCCAACCGGUUUUCUCCGAGUCUGAAGCCGUUGAUGUUAUGGUACCACUGAUGAAGGCAAUAGCGCACUGUCACCGGCUCGGCAUUGCUCACAGGGACAUCAAACCGGAUAACAUUUUGUACAACAACUCAAACGAGCUGAAAUUGGCUGAUUUUGGCUCGGCUGAGUGGUUCCGUGAGGGGCAGCUGAUGAGCGGCGUGGUUGGAACGCCGUAUUACGUGGCGCCGGAGGUUUUAGCUGGUAGGAACUACAGUGAGAAGGUUGAUAUUUGGAGUGCUGGUGUUAUUAUGUAUAUAAUGCUUGCCGGAAUCCCGCCUUUUUAUGGGGAAUCGGCUACGGAGAUCUUCGAGGCUGUUCUCAGAGCGAACCUUAGAUUUCCGACUAGGAUCUUUCAGUCGGUGUCGCCGGCUGCGAAGGAUUUGCUUCGGAGAAUGCUCUCUAAAGACGUUUCUAGAAGAUUCUCUGCUGAACAAGUCCUUAGGCACACAUGGAUGACUAGCAAUGGAGAAACUAGAACAGUUGCGCUAUUUUAGCUUGAGGAGAUUUGCGUCUGCCGAUAAAAGAUCAUACCGAUCGGAAUUUUUGGUCCGCAAUGAGAGCAAUCUGUUCGUCUAGAUAGAAUUAGUUACUCCUAGUAAAUACUAGUAUUGCUCCAUUUACUGUAUAGCCACCAGCCUAGUAACUAGUAACUACCUACCUUCUUACCUAGUUAUCUUUGUGGGCUUCCAUCUGCGUGAAAUUAACAGUUGAUAUUUGCGAGGUUUGAAUGCAAUUUCCAUUAUAUUCCCUUCCUGCACUGUAUUUUUCUGUUUGCGAAUGGGAAAGGAGAUGACAUGUAUUACCUUCUUUUUUGGGGGAUAUUUUGCUAAAUUAUCAUCAUUUUUA